AUGACGGAGAACUUGCCCGCAAUGAUCCCAAGCGAUGCCAAGUCGGGUCGAUUAGUGGAGGUGGCCAAGUACAGCCUGCACCUCACAUCCCAGAAACACAUGCGCCAUGCUUUGCUGCAUAUCUUCUUUCGUUAUCGUCGUAAUGCACACAGUCUGCCCCCCGGACGGAAAUACAAACUCCAACUCCCCAUGCGCCUUGACAUAUUUCCCCUUGACGUAUUCGACCACUUGAAGCUUCGCGUUGAAAUUGAACAGGGAGCAGACACAGACAAGGAUCCGGGCGACCACGUGAACCCGGGCAGCGACGGUCCCUUGCUCGAUUGA